AUGAUUCACCGAGAAAGUACACCAAAAGUGUUAAUUUCCGUGACCUCCGUUCAAAAUCGGCACUCCCUUCCCCUUGAGAACUUUGUUCCCACGGGGAAGCCGCAUCAUCGGGUGAGGUCGACCGACAAUAUUAAAAAGCAUUCGAAUUCCUUCUACGCACAAGAACGACCCAUUUUCAUCGGGGGGGUACCUUUAGUCAUGAACGUGACUUUGCCACUUCUUACUUCUUCAUAUGAAAUUAAGCCAAAUGGGGUCCCAGUUAGAGUCAACACUGGUCAUAACUUCGAUGAAGGGGAAGAAGACGUCUUACUUAAAGGCGAGACUUAUAUCGGAUCCAAACGGAAUUGUGUUGGAGUGGCUUUAACAAUUGGGAAACGAAAUUAUAUGGAAGACGUGGCUAUAGUUAAAGGGGGAGCGUUUGGGGAGACGGAUUAUUUUGGGAUCUUUGAUGGACAUAAUGGGGAAGAUGCGGCCGUGAUUGCGGCACAACGGCUUGAUCAAAUUAUGACAAGUGAUGAGAUUAAUGGCGAUGACGUGAAACCGAAAAUCGUUGAGGCCUUUCAAAAAUUACAAAACGAAGUUAUAAUGGAAACAGAAAGUGGGACAACGGCGUCUUUAGUUUUUGUACGAAAAAAUGACAUAGUAGUCGUUAAUAUAGGAGAUUCCAUGGUUUUCAUAUUAAAAAACGGGAUUUUGUCCCGUGUCGGGAAAGAUCACAAACCAAAUCAACAAGACGAAAAAGACCGAAUCCUCAAAGAUGGCGGAACGAUCGAUGACGUGAAUGGGACGUUACGAAUUAAUCGAGUAAUAGCAAAUUACAGAUCUAUCGGCGAUAAAGCAGUUCAUCCUCCUCUCUCGUGUAUCCCUGAUGUUUUUAUCGUCCCUUUUAGAAGGGUAUCAAACAUUUUAAUCGCGUCCGAUGGUAUUGC